GUUGGCAAGAGCAAGGCACGGUAUGUCAUCGAGCAGGUGAAAAAGGCGCGGAACUUGUACGAGACCCUGGGCGUACGCUCAUCGGCGGCGGCGAAGGACAUUCGCAAUGCUUACCGUCAAAUCGCACUGCGUAUCCAUCCAGACAAGGUCACAUCGGGUGGCAAAGAAGAAGAAGACUUGGUUGCACAGGCAGAGGCUGCCUUCAAGCUGGUGUCCUCAGCCUAUGAAGUUCUUGGUGACGAAGGCAAAAGAUCUUCGUACAACCACACGGCCAAGGCCAGCGGAAAGGCGGCAGCAGCGUCUCCAAAGCCAUCAGGGCCAAGGACCACAGCUCCUGCAUCCCAGAGAGAGCAUUGGCCAGGAGGCGCGGGAACGUCUAAAGCAGAGGUGGUUCUCACUGUGUCGCAUGCAGUCCAUGGCGAAGAGAUUCGCAUGUCGAUGAAUCGUGGAACGAGUGUCAUGGGCCUGAAGCGGGCCCUCUGCAAGAAAGUCAAGCGGGGACCGCCGGAGUGCAUCGACAUUUGCGACAGUAGCGGAUGCAUCCUCGGAGAUGAUCAUCGCUUUGCCGCCAAUCAGGAGCUCCACUGCAUUGGCAUCUCCCUUGGCCCACCCAAGACUGUGAAGGUGGAGGUGAAGGACCAUCGGUCAGGAGCCAGGAUGCAGGUGGAGGUGCUGGACACUUCGAGCAUGGAGACAGUCAGAAAGAAGGUCGCCAGGGAGCUGAAGGUCAAGGAGAAGGAGCUGCAGAUUGGGCAGCAGAAGACUGCGGGCAAGUACUCUUCUCGUCGCUUCGAAGCUUUACCAAGCGAGGAGCUGCUCAAUGGCAGGAGAAUGCUCUACAUCCACGGAAACGGAGUUCUGAUUUACUUCAGCUUGGAACAGGGCUUGCAGCUGCAGCGAGAGUUGAUCGUUGCAUAUGGCGAGGCGAUCUUUCAGAAGAAGCUGGAGGCACUCUUGUCCGAGUAUCCAAUGCCAGAGUCGAUCACCCAGAUGAAAUUCCGGGAGGCCUUCGGAAAGCUGGUCCGCGACGCGCAGAAGGCCACCCUGGCAAGGUGGGGCUUUGAGGGCGACUUUGCGGCACAGAACAUGAUGACGGCCUUUGGCAAGGUGGCGCAUACCCCAGAAGUGUAUGAGCUCAGCUUGGAGAUCGACAAGCUCCUGCGGAUCACAUCAGGCGUCUUUAGGGCUUUGGACGCCUGUGCCGCCAUGGAUGGCGAGCUCCUGUACAUGGAGAACGAGCAUUACUCCCUUGUCGAUGCGCUGCCCUACAUAGACACGCAGCUGGGUGCAGCAGAGGUCGCUCAGCAAGUGAAGGCUCUCAUUGAGGAGGAGAUGACUCAAUUUGAGCCGCGUGACUACUUGGCAUCACUUCCAGCACCCACACUCACCGUGUUGAGCAGCGAGCAAAUGCAACAAGAGUUUGCCAGGGUCAGCCGAAGGGCCCCAUUAGGUGCUGUUGAUCCAAAGAAAUACGAGGUAGAGAAGCCGGAUGGCGAGGCAGCUGAAGACGAGAAUUCUUGGAAGUCUGUCUCCGCUACAACGCAGAUCAACUUGGAAUAUGCCAGAAUAAAAUCCGUGAACCUCGAGCUGUUGGAGCAAUGGGGGAAAAAGGCCUGGAUCGCUCACAACAUGCUCAUUCGUGGUGCCGAGAGAGUCCUCAACAACGAGGCCACCGAGCUUCGUGCUUCCCGUGAGGAGGUGAACAAAAAGCGCAAGCUUGACCAAAUCUCUUGUGGCAACGACCUGCGGAAGCUGACUCGCGAGUUCGAGCAGUACCAGCAGGACAACGGUGAUGUGGAUCGAGCAGUUAGGGAUCUUGAGCUCGACAUCAUGCGCCUGCGGGAAGCUGCCACAGAGCGGGGUGUUGACAUCUCUGAUGUAGACCCGCUGGCCAAGCCGCAGGAAAGAGGGAUGAUCGCAGCCCCCGUGAAGCCCAAGAAGGAUGCUCAGGCAAAGGCCGUGGCUUCGGCAUCUGACUCGAAGGAGAAGUCGGAGAAGCCGAAGAAUUCGAAGGUGCCAAGCAAGAGUGGUCCCAAACCGCCAGUCGUCAUAACGUUACGGCAGGCGGUCGAAGAGGACAACGAGCCUCCGGCGCCAGCUUUGAAGGUCGCCGUCCCUGCAGAUGCCACGAUGCGCCGCCUCAAGCAGGCUAUUGCUGAGAAGCUGGGCCUGAAACGCACGGCCUCCCUAAAGCUGGUAUUUCAUCUGGACUCUCGGUUACGAAAAACGAACAUGCCUGAGAGUGGCAUGACCUUUGCGUCCUUUAAAGAUGACGAACUAAUCGGCUCGCGCCGAGAAGUCCUGCUGUUGGGAGCGGACCUCCGUGAUGUGGCAGAGGUUCGGGUGGAGCUGAGCGGUGUACCGCAGCUCCCUGACGGAACGGUGGUCGUCUUCGUUUCGCAGUCCGCCACCUUGCGGGAGGUCAAAGAAGCAGCGGCACGCAAGCUGUUGGGCAAGGAGGCUGAAGAGCCGACCGCCGCCCGAAUCGCGGAGGCAGUGCGCCAGCCUGGGACGGACAAGUCGCAGCAGGUUGAACCUGCCUUUACAAGGGAGCGCUUGUCCUACGAGCUUGCAUACAAGACUGAUGAGCAGAAGGCACUGGCAAUUUCCGACCUCGCAGCGAAGGGGGAAGCCGUGGUGGUUUCUCACUUGGACUUCAUCGUCUCAGAACUGCAGCGAAGCCCGGGUAAGGAAAUGAAGCAAGCAAUUUGCAAAGCAGUCAUUGCUGCUGGGCCAGCCGCGGCUGCAUUCUACCACGAAAUCGCCAAUUUGAUCAGCGACAACAACCCCGAGGUCCGCUACUGGGGCUGCCUGGCUGUCGGGACGAUGGGAAGCUCUGCAUCAGGAGCCAAGCGUCAAAUUCGGAGCCUUCUCCAAGACUCCUCCGAAGCGGUCCGCUUUGGUGCCUGCUCUGCGCUGGGCGGCAUGAAGGCUGAGGACUGCAUGGAGGACUUGAAAGAGAAGCUUGCGGAUCCUUCUCCCGAAGUGCAGGGGGCUGCUUGCCUGGCGCUGGGGAGAAUGGGAGUAGCCGGAACAAAAUAUGCGGACAUGAUUGUUCCGAAGCUAAGCGAGCCUCGCUCGCGUAGCGAUGCUCUCAAAGCUCUCGCCCUCAUGGGACCAGAAGGCAGCAAGUACUGCGAGAAAGUUGUCGAAUGUCUUUGCGAUGAAGAUGCUGAAACUCGCACACUCGCAGCCUCAGUGGUCGGAAAGAUGUCGGAGUAUGUGAAGGAUACUCCCGCGGCCAUGAACCGCAUACUCGACCUCGCAAAAGAUGAGGAUGGCCGGAAGCGGCUCGCUGCAGUUCUUGCGCUAGGCUACAUGGGCCGAGAUGCAGCCUCGCACAAGGGGCUCCUCCAGGACUGCUUGAUGGAUGAGUUCGAAGAGGAUGCAGAAAAUGCCCUCACACAAGGUGGUUGCAGAGCCCGACUGCCUCCUUCUUGCAGAAAGGCCAAGUGUGCCGCAGCUGCAGCGCUGGCGCGCAUCGCAUCCCAAGAACAGGGAUACGGAUGGGAAUCCACGGCCGCGGAUGUCGCAAGGCUACUGAGUAGCGACGACUGGGAAGUGAGGCUUUGUGCCCUUGAGUGUUUGACCGCUCUUGGAAGGAGAGCGCGGGAAAGCACGGACAAGGUGGUUGGCCAGCUGAGCGAUGAGAAGUACAUCAUCCGUGCAAAGGCCGCCACAGCGCUGUCCAGAAUAGGGGAACUUGAGAGCAUCGGCCUCAACAAGCUUUCCGAUCUCCUGAAGGACACGUGUCCUGCCGUGAAAUCAGCUGCAGCUCUGGCACUUGCCGAGCUGGGCGACGAUGGGGCAGAGUAUUGCAACAAGGUUUUCGACCUCCUAACUGACAUCAGCGCAGAUGUCCGAGCUGCUGCUGUGACUGCGCUCUCGAAGAUGAGUGAUAAAGGCCGGUACUUUACCACCGUCAUAGCUCAGAGGCUAAAGACAGAAGGAGAAGACCCGAAAGUCCGCGUGGCAGCCAUGGAAGCCCUCUCGGCUCUCGAGGAGAGAAGCAUGAACUUCCUGGACCUUAUCAAGCAGCACCAACGGGACGAAGUCCCAAGCGUUCGGGAGGCUGCAAACAAAUGUCUAGGACGCCUCGGACAAGGCGGCUACGGUGCGAUCCAGGACAACGGUGAUGAGGUGACGUCAGCUGGGAUGAUGGCAGGAACCAUCGGAGACUCCAUAGCCUUGGACCUGCUGCAGGACGAUCUGCUUCUGAAGGGCCGGCAGAGGAUCCACUGGCUCAGCGCUGCCUUGGCCCAGGAUCUGGUCCCGAAGGCCUCCGAAAUCACAAUCUUGGAGCAGGCUGAGCAGCAGGGAUGCGAGGAGCAUGAAGGUCUCGCAGAGAAUGCGGAGAUCACCGAGGAUGUGGAGGAUGCAGAGCCAGAAGAAGCAGAAGAUGCCACGGAAGAGCCUUUUCUCUCAGAACAAGCUGAAGAUUGCCCCCAAGAUGACCAGCAGGACACAGAGGCCGCGCUCGCGCAGAUGGAGGAGGGAAUAGCUGGUGCAGACUUCAGAGAUGAGGCGCUUCCUGCAGCUCCAAGCCAGGGCCACGAUGGGACGCGCGACAACGAGAACCUUGGAAGCCGGGGAGACGGGAGCGGUGACCAUCUCACCGUCGCGGCAUCGGCUUUGGAUGAGAGCCUUGAGAACGAGCUUUCGGACGCGAAGGCUCUGGAACACGUGGAACCUGUCCUGGUGCAAACCGUAGAGGAAGAGGGAGAGCUCGAGCAGGAAGAGGUUGUGGAGAUCACCAGCAGCCGGGAUGUUCCGAAUGAUGGGGCAGCCACAGCGGAGCCACGUCGCAUCCUUGCCAUCGUGCCCGAUCGCUGCAGCGAUUGGCAGGUGGGAAUGCUCAGCAAGUUGCUUGACAUGGUCGGUGGCCGGGUCGCGCGUGAAUCAUUGUCGCCAGAUCUACCAGGCGGAGAUGAUGCUUUGACGACUCCUCGAGUUCUGAAGCUGCUUGCGCAUGAGGAGAAGGAUCCACAGCCUGAGUCGCAGGAGGUCGUCGAAACCCGCUCCGUACGGAUUCAAUCCCUGCUCUCCGAAGGCCCGGGUGGAAGCAUGACUCUUGAAAUUCCGCUGGAAGCCAGUGUCGGAGAAGCUCGACAGCUGGUGACCACUCGCUGUGGCGGCGGAGCCGUGGGAGCUCACAUCCGCAUGGUCCGGCGCUUCACGAAGACCUUGUUCCUAGCACUGAAAGAUGAAGAGCUGCUCAGUGAUGUACUUGGAGAGGAUGAGGAGUUACUUUUGUUGGGGGUAGACCUCGCUGGUGUGGAGACUGAGGAGUCGAGGAAAGAAGAGGCGGAAGGGGAAGGCCCGGAAGGGACCGAGCAGCGCAAAGACAAAGAUGAAGCAGCGAGGUUUUUGAUCGCGGCGAUGGAGCUGAUGGAGGAUGCAGGCGUACAGGAACGCUUGAUGGGCCUGCCCAUGAGCUGUUCAACUGUGUUGGCUGAAUGGGAACCGCCCUGGCUUCAAGAUGGUGUUGAUGACUUGGACGCGGCAGCCCUCAGCAACUUUCCUCCAGAUACCGUCCUGGCUUGGGCGCAAAGCUUCUCGGACCUCAUGGAUACCAUGGCACGUAGGCUGCACUCAGACGAGGGCGAUGAAGUUGAAGAGGUGGAAGAUGUUGAAGACCUUGAUGAGGAGGUUCAAGAAGUUGAAGAGGUUGAAGAAGUAGAGGAGGUUGCAGAAGUUGCGGAGGUUCAGGAAGUGGAAGUGCUUGAGGAAGCAGGGGAUAUGGAGAAAGCCGCAGUGCCGGAGGAUAUCCCGAAGCAGGAAUCAACAGAGCCUUCGCCCGCUCAAGCUCCGGAGCCGGACGGAGACUUCAAGGAUGCCAUCCAAAAAGUUUUGGAGGACAUCACAGAGGCGAUGCCUGUUGAGCCGGAAAUGGAACCCGAGCAAGAGCCCGACGAGGACGAAGAAGUAGUCCUGGUUGUUGUCGAGUUGGAGCAUGCCACCACAGCCGAGCGGGUGGCCGUUGCCGUUCCGUCAUCCUGCAACCUAGGAGAGGUCGGAAGACCAGCACGCUUGUAA